AUGCCUUCGCACUCGCUUCUACCUCUUCUCCUGUGUAACCGACAGAUUAACACAGAAGUAUUGGCACUUAUGGAGCUUCUGACCUCGACCAGCCAUGAUUGGAUGUGUUACGAAUUGGACUGCGAAAUUGUAGACGAGGUUAAAAUCGUUCCAACUUGGGUUCACAUACCACCAAUCCAUCCCAAGCAUGGCGCAACGAUUUCCUGUGUAUAUGUAACGUUCCGCUUGUCUGGCCAACGUAGAUUUUUGGAUCCUGAGACAGCCGGAAGAGUGGAGUUCUGGUCUCAUGGAAAUGGCGGGCCUAGCAGGAUAAUACGAGGCCUCGAGGCGAUAUUAACUCGUUUUCUCAAAUGGGGCCCUAAUUUCCUCAAUCUGAGCAAAAAUCCUCAAAGAUCGAGAUUUAAAUAUUUCAGACGAGAUCCAGAAAAGGCCCACAAACUGUUUACUGUUAUGGUCGAUAAAUUGGUGCUCAACUUUGCAACUCCACCGAUUUCGCCUGAAGAAAUGCGCCUUCGCGAAGAAAAUGGAGAAAUCAUCAAUCCAAGACAGGCCUGUGGCAUCGUGCGUCGUUACUUUGAUAUCUUGUUGGAUGGUGGUUACAUGGGAGAUUCAUUUGAAAAGAGAGACUUCAUUGUGGCCAGAGUGGGCCAUAUACAGUGGGAGAUCGAUGGUCAGAUUGAGUAG